ACUGCAACAGUGUCAUCGGCGGCAGAUCCACACGGGGCACAACGAAGACACAGGGAAUGUGUCUCCGCCCUCUGCCGAGGGGUUUUCUAUCGUCGUUGCGGAAUUAAGAAGCGGGGACUCGGGUUGUUAUUUUCAUUCAGGCCGUGCAGACGCUGCAGACGAUCGGUUUCGUAUUCACCGAGGCCUAAGGUUGAAUGCUUCUCUCCACAGAUGGAUCAGACUGGUUAUUGCCGCAGUCGUUUUGGAUUAUAAUCAACUAAGCCUAACUGCUCGACAGUUGGAUCCAACUUCCCCACAUCACCAAUCCCUCCCCAUGAGGAAAGAUGGGGAAUGGAUUGUCGGAACAACCUAGCUUCCUUUCAAGCAUCCCGGUCUUCCAGUCAUUUCACAUCGCCAUCCUUGGGUUGGACUCUGCGGGGAAGACCACCAUUUUGUACAGACUGCAGUUCAACGAGUUUGUGAACACCGUUCCCACCAAAGGUUUUAAUGCAGAGAAGGUCAAAGUGUAUCUGGGUGGCCACAGGACUGGGACGUUCCACUUCUGGGACGUCGGCGGUCAGGAGAAGUUACGCCCCCUGUGGAAGUCGUACACGCGAUGCACGGAUGGCAUCAUAUUUGUGGUGGACUCUGUCGAUGCAGAGCGCAUGGAGGAGGCCAAAACAGAGCUCCAUAAAAUCGCCAAGACGUCUGAAAACCAGGGUGUGCCCCUGCUGGUGGUGGCCAACAAACAGGACUUGAGACACUCUCUGGGAUUGGCCGAACUGGAGAAAUUGCUGGCACUGAAAGAACUGGGCCCUGCAACCCCUUGGCAUCUGCAGCCGGCCUGUGCCAUCAUUGGAGACGGGCUCAGGGACGGCCUGGACAGACUCCACGACAUGAUCCUGAAAAGGAGAAAAAUGCUUCGGCAGCAGAAGAAGAAGAAAUAAUCUUGUCACGAGACAAGACAUCUGUUGCAAGCCCGCUGUUUUUUUUAUGUGAAGGAAACGUAACGGAUUGUCUCCUGGGUGGAUUCAAGCGUUCGCAGCAGGUCCAGAUUCAACAUGCUGAGUUUUAUCAGUCCGUAACUGAGCUGAAGGAUUCCCACCCUUGUUCUUGUGAUGCUGAUGAGGAUGUGACACGUGAGGGAAUACAGUAUGAAGACAAGAAAGUUCUAGACAUGUUUAUAUGCAUAAAAUGCACAGAGGGUUUGUGGGCUGGAAAGGUGAUAGAAGUUUAAGGGUGCUGUACGUUUCAUGAGUGGCUGUCGGCUGUUCCAAAAAGUAUUACCAAAACUAUAAUUUAAGAGAAGGCUAGGGGUCUUUGGAGGGGUUAUUUGGUUUAUGAUUCAAUGUUGUUACACCAGAGGGGGGCAGUGAGACGAACAUCAGUUUUAUUUUAAUUGUUUUAUAUGUUGUUAUCGUAACUUUUUUUUACACUGGACUUUCUCUGCGAUAGAAAAGUAUUAUUAUGCAUUAAUGCGCUAUUAUCGACUUGCUUGCCUUCUUUUACUGUAUCUCUUGAUUUACUAAAAAGCACUUUAGAGUAUUGCUUCGUAAUAUGAAGUUUACAGUUUUUAAGUAGAGCAUAUUGUGUGAUUUUACCGGAAAAGUUUGGGCAAAAAUAUUUACAGAUUCCGCUGUACACUAGGUGGUCCUCAUUGGCCAUAUAGAGAGGCAUUAUAUGCAUCGAGUUUUAGCUUAAUAAAAGAUAUUUAGAACAAUGUUGACAAUGCUUUGCUUAAUGUUAUUUUUAUGGCCACUGUUUCAAAAAAGUAAAGAUGUUUAAGAUGUAACCUUAAAUUCAUGCGGUGGUUGAAGGCUUAAGGUUUAAGAAGUUUAUUUAAAUGUGCAGAACUUUUAACAUGGCACUAAACCACCAGCUCUCCCAGUGGGGUUGCUGAACUGCUGAACAUCACAGGGCUAUUUGUUCUGCUUCAAGUAAAUGCGAUUCAAGGGGUUUCUGAAAAACAAACUUCAUGCUCCAUCAACCUGCCCUCCAAUUAUCACAUCAAUAAAUCAUCCUCGGUUUCAUUUUGA